AUGGAUAUCCACCGUAAUGUCAUCUAUCGCUUCCUCACACACACCAUCCCUACCAAACGCCUGCUACAUUACGUUGAGAUAACUGAAUUACCUCUCUGCCCGAUCUGUGGUAACGAAGAAAAUGCUGUACACUUGCUUUUCCUCUGUUCCAGUAAGGUAUCCAUCUGGAAAGCUAUCAUCUUUGAAUUCUUGUGGCCAACCGUUUUGAUUGGUAAUAUUAUCCAAACCUGUUCCUCUCUUGAGUUUGAAAACAUCAAGUAUGUCUCCAAAUCGUACACGACUGCUGACAUGGUCGUACUGGUAACACUUGGCAACAUUUGGCGAGCUCAAGUUCGUAAGAUCUUUCACUCGACUCCAUUUACAUGGAUCGAUGUGGUCCAGCAGGUCAAGAACGAGCUCCUUCAACUACAUGCCCAAACUGAAAUUUACAAACAAUUGCAAUUCUCUAAUCACAACUGUCAUCUAUCAUCUGUUCCUGUCAUCUAUCGCUUUAUCCUAAAUAUAAUUGAAUAUCAUACCAAUUGCGCCCGCCUCUUGGUAAUGCCUUAG